UCAGACCUAGCCUCCCUCUCCAAACGGAAGUCGAGAGAAAAAGUUCUUUUUCAGUUCUACUGAAAUCUGCAAAUGCAAAACGAUAACUCCUCUAAGGCCUAUCGCGACCAUGGCACCGAAGGCCAGAACCAACAAAACGAUACUGUUUACCCCUCCCCCUCCACCUCCCCAUCCAACUCAUCCAUUUUGCCUCUCUACAACCCCCGCAUCCUCAUGCAACAGCACCAAGACAUGAUAAACCGUCAUAACCUCUGCCUGACGCGUCUCCGCGAAGCCACAAAAGAAGCCAAUUCUCUCCGUCAUGAGAACGCGGCCCUCCAGUCUCUCAAUCGCGACCUCAACAAGCAACUCAGCAGCAUAAUCCAGGCCUCUGUUCAAAGCCACUUCGCAUCCUCGGAUUACAACACAACGCCGUUUGAGGUGGUUGAUGCAUUCCGCGGACUUUGCAUCGGUGGCGUUGGUGGUGGAGAAGAGGAGAUCCCUGUUGAGAGCCCAACAAGUGUGAUAGAGGAGGGUUCUGGGGUUGAUGUGGAGAGGGUUAUGUUGCCAAAGAGCAUUUCUGUGAGGUCCAAUGGGUAUUUGAAGAUGACGAACCAGGGUAGCGCAAGUCAUGGUUGUAGAGCUCGGGGGUCAGCUCGGCCUGCGAGAGUCAGUCCACUCAGUGGAGCACAAAAGGUGUAUGUGCAAGGAGGGAAGAAGGAAGAAGAACCACUUGAGCUGGAAGUGUACAACCAAGGCAUGUACAAGACUGAACUCUGCAACAAAUGGCAAGAGACUGGAGCUUGCCCAUAUGGUGACCACUGCCAGUUUGCUCACGGUAUUGAGGAGCUCCGCCCUGUCAUCCGCCACCCUCGCUACAAGACUGAGGUCUGUAGAAUGGUCCUUGCUGGUGAAGUCUGUCCCUAUGGCCAUCGAUGCCACUUCCGCCAUGCACUCACUGAACAGGAGAGGUUCAGGGAUCGCAUGAAGCCCAGGGCCGUUAGACUUAACAGGUAAAGCUACUGUUGUUGGUUAUCAUCACUGGGAUGGUACUUUUGGAUGGUUGGAGUUGUUCAUACUCGAUUGGAACUGGUUUAAGUACAUAUUCAUAUAUACUGUAAAAAGUAUAGGUAUAUGAUGGACAUACAGAAAAUGGGAAAUAAUUAGCAUAAUAAUAAGGUUAGGAAAAGCUGGAGCUUUGGAGAGGCUUUGUGGCCCCUAAAGGCAGGAGAUUAAAUGAGGAUACAUCCUGGCUCUUUGAUUGAUUUCUGCUCCUUUUUGCUAUGACAUUUGAAGUAUUAUAUACUCAAAAGUGGAUUGUUUGGUGAGCUUAAACCAAGCAACAUGAAUAUUAAACACAAAAGAACAAGUUUUAAUGAUGUCUCUUGGCUCUGGAAAAGCAACAUGUGCUCGGAGUCUUAUCCUUUU